GUUUGAAGGCAAGUAGGACGAACCCUGAACUGGCGCGAUCCGCGAAGGUGAUGUCGGCCCAGAAGGCGGGAGCUGCUCUAGCCUAGUAUCAGAGGGAUGGAUGAGAUUGUCGCUGAGUUUAUCAGGAGGACUAUCCUGAAAAUCCCAGUUGCUGAAAUAGUGAAAAUCCUGAGAAUAUGGGACUUUCUCCCAGAAAGUCAGCUGAAUACCAUAAACCUUCGACAAUGCAAGGAAAGUGUCUCUCAGGAAGUGGUUGAGCUUUGUAAGAAGAAACAUGCAAGUAUGAAAGAAGCUGCAAUUUUAGACAUAAUUUAUCAUCAAACGUGCCAAAUCAAGAAAAUUUGGGUUGUUUAUAAAAUGAUUAAAGCCCCAGGUGAAGAGGUUGACCUUUUUGAUAUGGAAGAGUUUAAAUAUUCUUUUAAGAAGGUUCUUCAAAGAGCCCUAAAAAACGUGCAUAUCAGCUUCAGAGACGGUGAGGAUAGUGCAGUAUGGAUUCGAGUUGCCUGGGGAACACGUUACAUGAAACCAAACCAGUACAAAACUACCUAUGUGGUAUAUCAUUCCCAAACUCCUUUUGUCUUCAUCUCUCACUGCCGUAUUAAGAAGUACAUUCCAGAGCUCUGGCAGGCACUGAUGACUGCUGGCAAUUACCAUAAGAUCCGACAAAUGGAACUCCGAAGCCUAUAUCUGGAUUCUCUUAAGGCUAUUGUUUUUAAACAGUUUAAUCAGGAUUUUCAAAUUUACCACCUCACACCUUUAGAAGAAGAAAGCUCUGAGGCUGAAAUAGUGGACCCAAGGAUCAUUCAUGAAAAUAUGAAAGAGAAGCAAAGAAUCCAAAGAGUGACACAGGAAACUUUUGGGAAUUAUGUCCAACCAAGAAUAGAAUUUGCACAAUAUAAGCUUGAAACCAAAUUCAAAAUUGACUCUAAAAACGGCAUCUUGGCUGAAAGGGAAGAACCCUUCAGAUGCCUGGUUAAGUUCUCUAGUCCACAUCUUUUGGAAGCAUUGAAAUCUUUAGCACCAGCUGGUAUUGCAGAUGCACCACUUUCACCACUGCUUACUUGUAUUCCUCACAAAGCAAUGAACUAUUUUACAAUUAGAGAGAAAUAAGUUUUAUUUGGAAUAAACAUAAGUCCCUUGUCUUAUGUUCUAAAACAUUUCCAUUCUCUUGUACAUGUACCUCUCCUUUCUAAGUACUAGUAUUUCAAUAAGAAGCCAUUGAGAAAACAAGACUUGCAUUCUUAAUGAAUCUGAUUCUUCUCUCUCAAAAAAUCAAACAAAUUGUUCUCCUAACAUAGGAGCAUAUGCAGGUAGGUUGGUCCUGUAGUAGUGCCCUGAAUGGCCUAAAAUGAAGACGGCUGUGCCAUAGCCAUUUCAAUGAUGUGUCCUUGUAAGUGACAACUGUCGUAGUUUUUCCACCUGUCCAACCCUUGGUUUUGUAACUUGAUCUUCUUUAGUCUUGGCUCAAAGAGCAAAUCAUUAAAAUACCAACAAGUACUACAUAAACUUUACAGAGAGAACAUGAAAUUGUUCUACAAAUCAGGCCCAUUACACACUCAGAUCAUCAAAUCCCUUUUCAUAUGACAUAGAUUUAGAUAUUCACAGAAACCUGUAUGAACAUACUUCUCUUCAUUUUAUGUUU